GCACCCUCUCGCGCUCGCACGUCUGGAAAAUGCACGUUAUGCUAGCUGGUAUUUUGCUAACUCUCUCUGUCUUCGCAGGUCUUUGCCCCGUCGCUACGCGCCAGCUCCCGCCACAGGCAUUUCGGGAGCCGCCCAGCGACGCGGUAGACCAUGUCGAUCCUCUGAUAGGUAAUGGGGGCGACUCUCCGAACGGUUCAGGCGGGAUGAUCCCCUCGACCGCACCUCCGUUCGCAAUGACGCGCUGGGUUGCGCAAACGCGCGAAAACUACGUCUCUGUGACACCGUACAACUAUACCGACACUACGAUUCACGGCUUCCAAGGCACGCACCAGCCCGCAAUAUGGAUGGGCGAGAGUGGGCAGGUCGUGCUCGUUCCUGGCUCAGGCGAUGUGACACCGCACUUCGAGGAUCGUGGAAUGCGCUUCUCGCACGACAAUGAGGUCAUCAGCGCCAGCUAUUACAGUGUGCACAUGGAUGCCUCACAUGGUGGGAACAUUUUUGCUGAGCAGAGUGCUACGUCGCGCGUCGGUCACCUCCGAUUCACAUUCACCGGUACAACAAGCCCAUGGGUUCUCCUUGAGGCUUCACGUGCCUCAGUUAUGGGUUCUGCCGAUCCUUCCAACGUCACCUUCCCGCACGGGUCCGUCGCCAUCGAUCCUUCUGCCCGUGAAAUCACAGGCACAAACGCAGAACGUCAAGACUUUAUCAUCGGGCCCAACCCUGCGCCUGGCUUCUGUGCAUACUUUGUUGCGCGGUUCAGCGAGCCAGCCAUGGAGUGGGGCACAGCGAGCGUUGGAGAUGGCGCGUUACAGCCGAACAUAACGAGUGCCGAAGGCAAGCAAGUCGCGGGAUACGUCAAGUUUAAGGAGGACGUGACCACAGUCGACGUGCGCAUCGGUGUGUCGUUCAUCUCGGUCGACCAGGCGCGAAAGAACUUGGAGACCGAGAUACCCGACGGGAUGACUCUUGAAGAAACGGCGCGCAGCACGCGCGAGGCAUGGGCGGAAAAACUGGACAGGAUCGAAAUUCAAGGUGCAAAUGAUACCGACAAAGAGAUUUUCUACACUGGCGUGUACCACGCGCUUCAGUAUCCCUACGAACAAAGCGAAGACGGGCAGUACUACUCUGGUUACGACGAUACCGUGCAUGAGGGCGAGUCAUACACUGGAUACUCAAUUUGGGAUACCUUCCGUGCAGCUUGGGCCUGGCAGAUCCUUCUAGCUCCAGAACGGAUUGAUGACAUGGUGCAAAGCAUGUUGCAAGACUACAAAGAAGGUGGAUGGCUCCCUAUGUGGAAGAACAUCGUCGAGACGAACAUCAUGAUCGGCACACACGCCGACUCGCUGGUCGCCGAGGCCGUCCUAAAAGGUUUUACCGGUUUCGAUGCCGACCUCGCGUGGGAAGCUGUGCAUAAGGACGCGACCGUCCCGCCAACAGAUGACUGGACUAUAUCAUACUAUGAUCGGGAAGAGAACGUUGGAUACGAAGUCCGUGCAGGUCUCACCUCGGUAUAUGCUACCGAAGGCUGGGUCGCAAAUGACAUACACAGUGAGAGCGCAUCGAGGACGCUUGACUACUCAUACGACGACUACGCCGUGUCCGUCCUUGCAUCCGCCCUGAACAAACCUGCCGACGCCGAGUUCUUCCAUAACCGCUCAAUGGUAUCACCGUUCACCAUCUUCAACGCCGGGACAGGCUUCAUGGAAGCCCGGAACGUGAGUGGAGCAUGGGCAGGCCAGGACGAGGGUUGGACAGAGGGUGACAUGUGGGCGUACACGUUCGACGUUGUACAUGAUGUCCCACGACUCAUUGCCCUGCGGGGUGGGAACGCGAGCUUUGUGGCAUUUUUGGAUGAACACUUCGACGGUGGGCAUAAUGACCAAACAAACGAGCCUUCGCAUCAUAUACCUUACCUUUAUUCCCUCGCGGGCGCAGCUUCGCGCACGCAGGAGCGUGUCCGCUCCAUUGCUGCGGCAAACUACAACGCCACUGUGAAUGGGCUGUCCGGGAACGAAGACUGCGGUCAGAUGAGCGCAUGGUAUCUCUUCAGCGCGCUUGGCUUCUACCCCGUGAACCCCGUCUCGGGCGAGUACAUCGUCGGCAGCCCGUUCUUCGAUUACAUCUCGUUCUCACUCCCCUCUGCUGCGCGGCCACUCGUUAUCUCCGCGCCGGGCGCGUCGUCUGGCAAACCCUACGUCACUGCCGUCACCAUUGAUGGCGUCCCGCUCUCCGCACCGAUCAUCAGACACGAGCAGAUUGCGAACGGCGCAGACAUAGAGUUCGAGAUGAGCGCAACGCCCGCGAGCUGGGGCAGUGAGACACUUAAGAAUACGACGAGAAACGUGAGGGAUGAGUUGUAAACGAAGAAAUAGGCUGCCUGAGGCGAAAAUAGUGAUGCAGGAUAUCCAUGAAGCGGACGCGCACAAGUGACUUGAGAGGACUCUCGGAUAAAUACGAAUCCG